CAAAAGAAAUCACGAAAUCAGAAACUUAAAGAUCAUGUAAUCUCUAGUGAUGAAGAAAUUCGUCAAAUUGAUACAGUCAAGCCCAAAUUGAAAAGAUCUCGUAAUGAUACUAUCUUACAAACAUCUGUUUCCAGCUCAUCACAGAUCAACGUUGGGUAUUUGCUUCGAUCUGGCAAGGAAACAACUUUGCAAGAACUUUCUGAAGCUAGAAGCAUGAAUAAUCUGAAUUAUUUGAUCAAAUCAAAUGCAUCUCGUGGCAAAAGCAGCAAGAAUCGUGUCAAAAGCAACUUAAGAAAGACGAGCAGUGGCCAAUCGUAG